UGGAAAAUCACCAAAAUUAUAUUAUAAUCAUCACGCUGAUUGCGUCGAAGGUGAGUUAUUUGUAGAAAGGUUUUUGGGUUAUGUGACAAAUAUUAAUGAUAAUCUUAUCAUAGGGAAUCGGAAUGACCAUAGUAUAGUUUACAAUAAACCAAAAAUCUACUGUGCUUGCAAUAAUGUACCACAAUUAUCUCAUGCCUCUCGUAACUGUAAUUGGUUUGUAGAAGAUGAACGAAUUGUGGAAGAAAAAGGAGGGUUCAUCAUUUCUCGCCAAGAACUUAUGAGAGAAAUCCUUAUAUGUCCCCACCUUGGAAAAUAUCACAACAAUCACAAGACUAAUAGAGAACUAGUGACGAAUAAGAGAUUUUGGGCAUGGGUAUUGGAUCAAGCAGUAAAUGUGUUCUUAAAAAAUCUUUGUAAUGAUCCAUAUCCCGUUGAAGGUUUUACAAUGAACUUUGGUAAAUGGGAGUCAGCAAUGGAAUGCCACGGGCAUUUACAUUUGCAAUUAACUCAAAAUGUAGUGAUGAAAAUGGAAAAUAAAUAUGAUGCAAUGAGAGGAAAAUUGAACAAUCCCACAAACUAUGGUUUUCAAGAACUGUGUGGAGUUGGAAACGGAAUGGUUAGUAGGUUUGGAGUUAAUAAUUAUUCGAAAUGA